GCUGCGCGGGCGCGGGGGAGUCGGGGCUCCGGGUGGUCGGCAGCAGCAUAGGCGCCCCGCGCAGGCUGGAGGCCGCCGAGGCUCGCCAUGCCGGGAGGACUGUAGCUCCCCCAUGGAGUCGGCCGACUUCUACGAGGCGGAGCCGCGGCCCCCGAUGAGCAGCCACCUCCAGAGUCCCCCGCACGCGCCCAGCAGCGCCGCCUUCGGCUUUCCCCGGGGCGCGGGCUCCGCGCAGCCCCCCGCCCCACCUGCCGCCCCAGAGCCGCUGGGCGGCAUCUGCGAACACGAGACGUCCAUCGACAUCAGCGCCUACAUCGACCCGGCCGCCUUCAACGACGAGUUCCUGGCCGACCUGUUCCAGCACAGCCGGCAGCAGGAGAAGGCCAAGGCGGCUGCGGCCCCCGCAGGAGGCGGCGGCGGUGACUUUGACUACACGGGCGCCCCCGGGGGGCCCGGCGGCGCCGCGAUGCCGGGAGGGACGCACGGCCCCCCUCCUGGCUACGGCUGCGCCGCGGCCGGCUACCUGGACGGCAGGCUGGAGCCCCUGUACGAGCGCGUCGGGGCGCCGGCGUUGCGGCCGCUGGUGAUCAAGCAGGAGCCGCGCGAGGAGGACGAGGCGAAGCAGCUGGCGCUGGCCGGCCUCUUCCCCUACCAGCCGCCGCCGCCGCCGCCGCCGCCGCACCCGCACCCACCGCCCGCGCACCUGGCCGCCCCUCACCUGCAGUUCCAGAUCGCGCACUGCGGCCAGACCACCAUGCACCUGCAGCCCGGCCACCCCACGCCGCCGCCCACGCCCGUGCCCAGCCCUCACCCAGCACCGGCUCUCGGUGCCGCUGGCUUGCCAGGCCCCGGCGGCGCGCUCAAGGGGCUGGCGGCCGCGCACCCCGACCUCCGCGCGGGCGGCGGCGGCGGCGGCGCGGGCAAAGUCAAGAAGUCGGUGGACAAGAACAGCAACGAGUACCGGGUGCGGCGCGAGCGCAACAACAUCGCGGUGCGCAAGAGCCGGGACAAGGCCAAGCAGCGCAACGUGGAGACACAGCAGAAGGUGCUGGAGCUGACCAGUGACAAUGACCGCCUGCGCAAGCGGGUGGAACAACUGAGCCGCGAACUGGACACGCUGCGGGGCAUCUUCCGCCAGCUGCCCGAGAGCUCCCUGGUCAAGGCCAUGGGCAACUGCGCGUGAGACGCGGGGCGGCGGGACCGCCCUGGGCCGGCCGCUGUCUGGGACCCAGGGAGUGGUUUCGGGUCUCCGGAUCUCAAGACUGCCCCAGCGGCGCAGGCCGGGACUAGGAGAUUCCGGUGCCGCCAGAAAGCCUGGCCUGCCGCGCGCGCCCCUUGCCUUCCUCUGCGCCAGAUUCGGUGCGUCUAAGAUGAGGGGUCAGGCAGUGGUUUCUCCCUGCCGGAGAGGAGAAGUGCCAUGGGGCUCAGCCGGAAGCCCGGCAGCUCCAGUAUUAAGGAAUAACCUUGUGCCUUGGAAACGCAAACUCACCGCUCCGAUUCCUACCGAGUAGGUGGAGCAAAUACGUGCCUUGUCAUUUUAUUUGGAGGGUUCCUGCCUCAUUCCUGAGGCUGCAGGCCUCCAUGAGAGAAGGCAAUGUGCGGCCUAUGGCAGGAGAAAGGUUCAGGGAGCAGGGAUCCCAACAAGCCAGCCCUAGCCGCUCCUCAAUGCCUGUCCUCGGAGGGGAGGAGAUACAGGGAUUGGAACGUUGUUCCCCUAGUCCUACAUGAAGGUGGAGGGUCCCUAGUUCCUUGCCUCUAAUCUCCCAGCCUGUGACAGGCUGGGCUUCCCUGGGCAGAACCCACUGAGAUGGGGGGUCACCAGGUGACCAGUGGGAGCCCCCUGCCCCCAGUCAGAUCAGAAAGCUAGGUCAUGGGUGAGCUGUAAGGACAUGUGUUCAUGGGAGUGGUGGCCUGGUGGAAGAGGGAAACCCAGAGAUCUGGUCGGGGGUGGGGGUGGGGUGAAGGGACACUGGGACCAUCAGCCUUGUACUGUAUGUUGCCAGCAUUGCAUACAAACAUGAAGCACAAUCUGUCCAUCCCAGAGGGACCGAAGUUAUGAGAAGCUUUCCAAAUAUUUUGCUUUAUCAGCCGAUAUCAACACUUGUAUCUGGCCUCUCUGUGUCCCAGCGGUGCCUUGAGCAAUGUGAAUGUGCACGUCUAUGCUAAACCACCAUUUUAUUUGGUUUUUGUUUUGUUUUGGUUUUGCUCAGAUACUUGCCAAAAUGAGACUCUUUGUCAGCAGCUGCAGGGAGGGUCUGCGGCUCUCUUUCCUUUUGGUUUUUGGGAUUGCUUUUGCUCCCAAGGGAACCAAAGAGGUGAGGUGGGCUUCCUCUUUCCCGGGGGGGGGGGGUGAUGAAGGGGGUGUGGGGCUAUGGGCCUCGCUCCCCUCUGGCCUGGGCUGCCCACAGGCUUGCCCCCACCAGAGGCCCUGGCUCCUGGUCUGGAGGGAGGCGGCCUCCAGCCAGCACGCACAGAUUGGCGGGGCUGGGAGCAGGGAAGGACAGCUUGGUUCUCUUCUUUGGGGAGAACGCAGAGUUUCAUGCUAGAUGUUUUAUGUAUUAUAUCUAUAAUAUAAACAUAUCAAAGUAAA